CCUAUAUUAAUUUGAACAUUCAGAGAUCUUUAAAAAUGAAGAUCGCUUCGAUUUUGGUUAUAAUUUUGAUCGCGAUGAUGUUCUUGGCUAUGACUUGUGCCGCACAAACGGCUGCUGAGUGCAAGGAAGAAAGAAGGCUUGCGGUCAACGCAUGCAGAAACGUGUUGACCGGUAGUCUUCCAUCGUCUGCUUGUUGCCAACGAGCUCGUGUUAGCCAUGCUGCGUGCAUAUGCCCUGCUAUCACCCCGAAAGUGGCUGCACUUGUUGAUAUAAAUCGUUUUGUUAAGCUUGUUGAAGGUUGUGGACGUAGAGUCCCUCGUCACUACAAGUGUGGAAGUAUCACAACACCAUGAGAGAGAUGAUGAAUAUGGUCGAACAACAUAAUAUUGAAUGUCGUGUUUUUUUUUUAUGUUGAAGCACAUGUGCAUAGGAAAGAAAGGGAGGGGUGUUUGAAAUCCACAUCUAUGUAUUAAUAUUCGAAGUUAAUUGGUUUCUUUGUGUUUUUAAGGUAUAUUUAUUUGAAAAUGUAGUC